AUGUUUUUGAGACGUUGUAGUGCGCUAGUUCGCGGCUUGCGUGCUUACUCUACCGAGGCUCCUUUGGAAGGUUCCGAGAGCCUGGCAAGCAAAGCUAGUGAGCAGCUCAAAAGUUCAUCUGAAAACAAACCGAAGAGACAAUUCAAGAGAAGAUCGGACCAGAAUUCAAGAAGAGCCGAUUUCCAAAGAAACAGCAGAGGUCCACCAAAAGCUGGAGGUGCUAGAUUCAACAACCAACAAAAGCCUCGAUUCAAUAGAGGUGAUGCGUCUACAAGAAAACCGAGACGGUUCCAGCAGCCGGAGGAGUCGAUAGAGUCGCUAGUUUCAUCGAAUAAUGCCGACAUGAAGCCUUUUGUUGACCGGGCACUGAAAAUGUUUGCCGAGGUUCCUGACAAAGUGUUCGCUGCACAGGGGUUGACUAAGCAUGUCGAAAAACUGAACCAGUUGACCGAAAAGCUAGAACAAGCUGCUGAGCAGAGAGACAAAUUCAGAGAGUGCGAGCUUCCGCGAGCAAAGCUGGACUUGAUCAAGAGCUUGGGCCUCAUCGAAUCGAGUAUUGAUGGCACAGAGAUCAAGGAAACCUGGAACACCCUGGAUACGUUGAGAGAAUUGAGCCAGGUUUACAAAGAAUUCAACUACUUCGCUUCAGAAGACGCACUUCAAUACAAGUUGACAGAGCCAGACGCAGCGGAAUUGGAGAUAAAUAAGUCCAAGAUGGGAUACAGCGUGAAAUCGAGACUUCUGCGUGCCCUUUCGACAUUGAGUGAACAAAGCGGACUGUCUUUGGACUCCGCCAAUCUCGGUCAAAGCAAGCUCCAUGGCAUGAGCAAGUUGUAUCCAUUUGCUAAUCCGAACGUACCAAAGUUUGGCUAUUCCGAGGUUGCAGAUCUCAACUCCCUUUCAAGCACUACCGAUGCCAACGUCAAGAAAAUUAUUGACUCGACUGUGAAAGGAAUAAGACCAGAACUUAAAUUCUACAAGUCUAAUGAGUUCAAGACCGAACAAGCUCGUGUGAACGCUGAGGUUGUGUCACAUGGUUUGAACUCCAACGCCCAGCUGCAAGUGGAUGACAUGCAUGUUCAGUUAGGAAAUGUUUUCGUCGGCAAAGGAAAAUUGGCCGAUAUACCUAAGCCGCUGCCUGCUUCCAAGUAA